AUGACGAAAAGACGAACUACUAAUUACCAUUACCCCACGGCAAGAGUAGAAGAGGAAGAUUAUCCUGGUUUUACGAGUACUUCCUUCAUUCAAGUCAACGAGGAAGAUAAUGAUGAUUAUCAUACUCUGCGUUCGCCCUCUAAAAGGCCAAGAAGACCUGUUCUCCUCGACUCAGGUUUUGCAACUCAUGAUGAAACAUUUCCUUCUAUCACUUCGUCAGAUACACAUCAUCCUCAGGGACGAUCGACCGAGCGUUCCUUCUCCCCCCAUCUCCGCCCUUUGUCGGGAUCAUCGCAUGAUCACCAAGACACGGAGAAGGCCGGUCAACCUCAGCCCUCCUCUCCGAUUUCCAGCAUUCAAAGUUUUCGAUCAAUAUCCCCUUCGCCACUGUGGUCCCCUCAACCCGGGAACACGAUCAACAUAGACACGGCAGAUUUGAACGAACACAAAGUAUACAAGGCAGGUUGCACCGGUACCGGUUUAGAGCCAGAUUCGGAAAAAGGUGUUGCAGGUAUCUCUCUUCUUCCUCCCCCAGUGAGCAAAUCCCAGCUUCCCGACCUUCCGCUAUGCGUCUCCCUGCCGGACAAGGUUCAAUCAAUGGUAUUGAGGAUCCUUUCAACUCUCGUCCAUUGCAUAUGA